CCUUUCCUCCUCAUGCUGUUGGUCCACCACUUCUUCCUCAUCCUUUUUUUCUUCAUCCUCGUCUCUUUUCUCCUCAGCACGUGCGCCUGCGUGGAGUACUUUGGCCGUGCUUUGGAAAUUCUUGUGAAGAAGGUCCGCGUCCACUGCAUCCACGGCAAGAUGAAACACAAGCGCAACAAAAUCUUUGCUGACUUUCGAGCCCUCAAAAGCGGCAUCCUGGUGUGCACGGACGUCAUGGCGCGUGGCAUCGACAUACCCGACGUCCACUGGGUGCUGCAAUACGACCCCCCCAGCAGUGCCAACGCUUUCGUGCACCGCUGCGGUCGCACGGCGCGCAUUGGUAACCACGGCAACGCCUUGGUCUUCCUGCUGCCAAUGGAGGAGUCCUACGUCAACUUCCUGUCCAUCAACCAGAAG